GAGAAGAAAGGCAAGAAGAGCAUGAAGAAGAAAGCUUUUGCUGCCACUGGGAGUGAUGAUGAGACUAGCUCAAUGGAAAGUGAAAGCUCCUUGGAGAAAGGUGUUGCAAAUCUUUGCUUCAUGGCUCAAGAGGAUAGCAACCAUGAUGAGGAUAGCAACCAUGAUGAGGAGGUAAACUCUAACUUCUCUAGUUCAAUUAAUGAAAGUUCAUUUGAGUAUUCUUAUGAUGAUUUAUGCAAAGUUCUUGAUUGCUCUAUAAAUGAUAUUAAAAGACUAGGGAAUGAGAAUCUUGCUCUCACUAAAACUAUUUCAUUGCUUAGGAAUGAGAUUGAAUCUCUCUCAAAACAAAAUGAGGUUUUAGUUAAAGAGAAUGCUUCUUUAAAUGAUGAGAUUGCUUCUUUAAAAAAUGAGGAGUCUAAUAAUGCUUUGAAAAAGGAAAAUGAGGAUUUAAAGAAAGGAAAUGAAGAUUUAAAGAAGGAAAAUGAGGUUUUAAAGAGAAAAACUUGUGAUCUUGAAAAUGUGAUUUCCAAAUUUACUUUGAGUAAAGAAAAAUUUGAUUCUAUCUUAAAAUCUCAAAGAAAUAUUUAUGACAAAUGGGGCAUUGGAUUUGAUUAUUCUAAAAAGCAAAAGACUUUUAAGACUACCUUUGUAAGAGCAAGUCAAUCCUAUCAUCCUAAUGUUACUUGCUAUUGUUGUGGUGAAAAUGGACACUUUGCUUAUGUAUGUCCUUUGAAGAGAUUGAUAGCUCAAGGAAAAGUUGAUGGCAAAGUCACUAAGGAAAGCAAAGUAGAUCUUAAAAGGACUUAUGCCUCAACAAGAAUGUUGGAGUGGAAGUGCAAAGGAAAUUUGUUUUUGAAUGCUCCACUCAUGUUCUCAAAUUGUGUGGCUGGUAUUUUUGUUGAGAUUUCUCUCUCAUGGCUUCAAGAAGGGCUAGAAGUAAAAGGAAACAAGUCGGUAGUUCUAGCACCGAUGGUCAAGCUCAAGAAGAAGAAGUUUACACCAAAGGAUAUUUGUGCUAUAUUAGCUAUACCUGAAGGAAGAGAUGAUGAAUUUCUAGAUGUGAAUCAUGCCUUAGUUAGAGCCACAAUUGCCCCCAAUUACACUGAAAAUCAAAUUAAAGUGGGGUCUCUUUCACUAGAAAAUAGAGCAUUGCAGUGGAUUAUAUCUCGCAUUAUUGCUCAGAGGAAGGGUUCUAAAUCUUAUGUUCUUGCCAGUGAUCUUCCCUGGUUUGACUAUCUUUUUAACAGAAAAAGGGUGAACCUAGGAAGAUACAUUUUCCAGAGCAUAAUCAAGCCUUACUCACCAACUACGGGACUUCCUCAUGGUGCUUUAAUUACCAGAUUGGCGAAGAGGAACAAUAUUGAUCUUACCUCCUUUAGGUUCGGAACGGUUCCUGGUGGGACUACACUUACCAAAGCCUCUUUUGAGAAAAUGGACUGUUUGUUUAGAAAUGGCAUUUGGAUAAAGAAAGGGGAACAAGAAGGGGAUGAAGAAGAAGGUGAUACAGAUCAAGAAAUGGUAGAACAAGGGGCAGAAGAACAUGAAGAUAACAGCCCAAGACCAUUUCGAGCCUCUAUGCAAAGAACUAACUGUGAAACCAUGGAGUUAAUGAUAUCUGAGAUGCAGCAGCUGCACACCGACUUUUAUGGUUUUUGGACAGAAAUGAGAGGGAGAAUGACUAACAUGGAAGGAAAGCUGACUAACAUGGAAGGAAAGCUGACUAACGUGGAAGGAAAGCUUGAUCGGCUUGUUAACCAUUUUUUCCUCCACCCCCACCUGAUGCCACCUAACUUGAUAUUUCUUUAGUUUGGCUAAUCUUUAGGAUGGAUAUCUUAGGAUUAUGCAUUUUAUGUUUUAUUUGACUAGGGAUAUGUCUUGAACCUUUUUAUCUUGUUUUAUGAAUGGAAAUGGAAUCACUUGUGUUAUCAUGCUUUAUGAAUGGUUGUUUAUGAUUUUGAUGAUGAUAUGCUCUUAUUGAGGGGGAGUUUAUUAGUUGAUGAGUGUAUUCAUAACUUUGGUUGUCUAUGGUGCUAUAUUGAUGAUUAUAUUCAUGUUCUUGAUGCCUUAAAGGUUGAUAGCAUUAAUUAAGGGGGAGUUUAUUG